CAAAACCAAAAGUGGAAAAGACUGCGAUCCGACAGGAGGAGAUCCCGUGACAACAAGAACAGCGAACACCUCAUCUUUUACUAGUUCCUCUGCUUCUACUCUCGCAGAACACGACGCGCUAGGGGAAGCGAGAAGUUCGCGAAACUGCAAAACAAGCCAGAACACUGAUGACAUCACUCGAGUUCCGGACCACGAACUUCUGAUGCAGCAGUACAAUUCCUCAACCGGACGAGCGCAGCUGUUUUGCGCCAUUCCGUACUUGAAAGGCAUUGAGCUGAAGCGGCUGAUGCUGUACGACGCGAAGAAGGUGCAACUGGGCGAAACGCGGCUCUGCCGCGAGCUCUGGUCCCGCUUCGUGCGGAGAAGCUGGGAGCUGUCGAUGGGGUUGGUCUUUCCCACGAACAAAAAAGUGGGCCGGCGGUGCCACGUGCGGACGGUGUUGCGGUUUCUCCAGGCAAUUGCCUCGGUGCAGUACUACCCCGAGGAAGUAGGUGGAGAUGGUCUUUAUUUUUCCGUUGCAAGACAAGAACAUCAAAUAGCACAGGUGGACCACGACGAGCAGGAUGCUAGUAGCUGCACGAGCUCGACGAGCCCGAGCUCCUGUGGAAUAAAAAACGAACAGCAGCAGCAGAAGAUGGUUGACGAUAUGUUUUUGCGGUGCAUGGUUGCGGAAAAGAACAACGCACUGAAGCGGCAGGAGUAUGUGUUUCUACUGAACGCGUUGGCCCGGCUGCGUCUGAACACGCCCGAUCUGAUGUGCCAGAAGAUCCUGCAAAAGAUGUCCAUCGUGUGGCCGCUGUUGCGGCAGGAGCAACUGGUUCUCGCCGCCAACUGCUGCGCGAAACUGAGUCUCGGCGGCAGUUCGGCGUGGGCCAAGCCGUUGAGCGAUGCCUUGGAAAUGGCCUUGUUUGGAAACGUGCAGGAAAGGAGGCUGGUGGGGACAAAGUCACACUCACACUCACACCAAGUUCUUCUUGGCAAGACCCAGGAAAACGAUUUUUCCGACUGUGCCGAGGAUUUGCCACCCUUGCUAGUGGACACGGGCAGGAUGAACGGAGUCCCCGGGACGAGCAUUGCAGAAGGGCUGGACGACCAAGAAGACCUGCCUGUGGUGGACAACCUCACCCCGCACGCACCCUGGAGAGCCAGAGAAAAUGUACACGGAGUUGAUGGGUCGUUUGGCACUGCGUCUUCAAGUCUGCAUCUUCCAGGAGCUGAAGGCGUCGCGGGUUCAGAGCAGGGCUUUGGCCCAGAAGUAGUUGAGCGUUUUCAUCACCCGGAGGAGCGCAGCACCGCAAAGAAGUCGAUUUUUUACUACGACAUGCUCGGGCACGAUCAGGAAGAAAAGGUCGUCAGUCCUAUGGAAGUGGUAGGCAAAAGUGUAUACGGUUUUUUGCAUUUCGGAACGUGGAAUAUAAAGGAAGCGCUUUCCUACAACUUCCGCCUUAUUACAGAGCCGCCACGCUCUGCUCGUGCUUAGCGAGCGUGCUGGUAAUGAUGGAGGUACUUACUCUCUUAUCUCAGUCAUUACCUUGGCGAGCGUGCUGGUAAAAUUAAUCUAGGAGGUGAACAAGAAGUACAAGUACAACUACCUCAAUGCAGCGCAGUAAGUACUCAAGUCUCAGCCUCCACCUCCAUAAGCACAAUGAAGCGGCAGCUGGUCUUGCGGCAGCUGAAGGCGAUCACGGUGCUCGAGUUGAUUCCGCACCGGGUAUAUCAAGUGCAAAAAUGUCUGGGUCUGGAAGAAUGCCAGACUUGUCAUGCACAUUUUGAAUGGCCAAUGAGGUUUGGAAUGCAGAUCCUAGCACGACAGAUUUGGUGAGCUCUCCAUCUUGCCUAUCCUGCAUCAGAAACUGCUUCGCAGCUUGGUCGAAAGUGGACAGCUUUUGGCCAUCAUGCAACACAGAUUUUUGCAUGAUUCUGAUUCACCAUGACAAGUUCCACUUUUCCAGACCCAGACAUUUUUGCAUUUGAUAGGGUACCGGACGUGAUCCGGCUCUACCUAGACCAGCAGAACGGGCCGAACCGGCGGCAGGCGAACGACCGCAAUCUGGUUCUGUUCGAACUGUAUUUACGGGCGUACUUGAUGAGUAACGAUAACGAAGUAAGUCAAGAACAUGAACAUCAUGAUUACUAUCAAGACCACCGUCGUCCCAGUCUUUACGAGACCGUGUUGUCGGCGCAGGAACGGAUGCAGUUGGAGAAUCGGCGGGAUUUGUUUUACGAGAAGACGGGAAUGACCGAAGAAGAGGAGGGGGAGGAGAGGGAAGAAGAGGCGAUAGUGCUACAGGAAGUAGAAAACCGGGGCGAAUCAUCAUGUGCAGCACCAGCUACCGUCGAUGCUCCAUCUGGGGAAAAAAUGAUGAAAGGUAGCAGCAAAACAAGUUCGACUUCCUCUCUCACUUCGAUUUCCCAGGCGAUUUUCGAGAUCAACGGGCAGGUCUGGUGCACCAGCCUCGAGCUGAUGGCUGGAAAUUAUGGGAUGAACAAGUCUGCUAGCAGUGUUGGCGCCCCCACACAGCGAACAACGAAGUUUCUGCGCUACAGUGAUGGAGGUGCUCGUGGCAACAAGAAGAACUUUUGCGACGAUCGGCGAGAGGAAGAAGCGCUGCUCAUGCAGGAUUCCAGUACCAGCGAUUCUUGUCCCGCUUCUGGGAGCAGGGAUCAUCGUGAAGAGACAACUACGCGGGUAGGGUCCCCCGUCGUGAACCUGAUCGAGAGCCGCGUUUCCGCCGGGCCCUACAGUCUCGACUAUUUUCACGCGGAGACAAAGACGGUGAUUGACCUUCUUAUCCUGAUGGGACAACUACAUGACCAAAAGUUCUGCGCAUCCUGUCUCAAAAAUCCCCUGUGCGUUCUUCAGAGGGGCAAAGAAACCGUUACAUGUGAGGCGAAACGCAUUCUCAAAAGGUCUUCUGGAAUUUAUUCCAAGAAGACCAGAUGAAGAUGGGGAAAAAUUCAUCAAGAUGUGGCAUUCAUGUUGUAUGUGGAAAGUGAUAGUGAAAGUGCACUCGAAUAGAGGGUGCCUCACAUGACGAGGAUCUAUCAUGCAGACUGAUGCGGAAGUUUUCCCCGCCCAUACGUUUCCCUCCGUUCGCCUACUUUCGGAAGACGCGAACGCUAACCCCGCAAAUCAAGUGGCGCCACCGGUUCUUGACCAAGAUGGGAUUUACGGUGCUCACGGUACCUUACUGGAAGAUUCGCGUGGAGGAGGGGUGAGGUGUGCCAUCUUCCCGUUUUAGGAACCAAUAUUCCUCCGAUAGUGGCAUCACACUUCUACUGACUCGAAGAAACAGAUGCAGGGUUCAUCAGGGUUUUGGGAUUAAGAAGAGCCUGUGAGGUUGGUCUCACCGCGGCGCUACCUGCGCACUUACAUCACUCGUUCAAAAGCGCGGAAAAAAAUUGGUCGUUUUAUGAUUUCAACAAAACAAAA